AAAAAGAAAUAAUAAAAUAUAUAUAUAUAUAUAUAAAUCUUUUAUGGGGAAUGUUCUCUCUUUCUUUCUUUAUCUAAAGAAUUUUUAUGAGUUCGGCAAUUAAUUCAAAAAACAGGAAAAAGAAGAACAAAAACAAAAACAAAAAGAAGCAGACAGCUGCUAUCACUCAGGAAACACCUGAGCCUGUAGUCACGACAGCUGCCAAUAUGGCUAUUGCCAAUGCUGUACAAGUUGCAAGUGGUGGUGGUGAUGAUACUAUAGUUGGUGCUACAGACAAUCUAACAGCCACACUUGGUCAGACAAACAAGGAAGAUAGGACGCCUUUACCAGACUAUGUUCAACAUGGCAUUCAUUCUGCUGUUGCCUCUCAAUCAAUUGAUGUAUAUCGUAUUGUCAAAAAGAUAUCAAGCGAUGUGCAAUCAGGUGAAUACAAAGAAAAGGAAAUGCCUGUGCAGAAUGAUUUACUUGCUGGAACAGCCAUUCAGCAGCAAGAAAAGGAAUUGCCUAUUCAAAAUAAAUCGCUUGCUGAAACAGAAGCUAUAGAAGCUUCUUCUCACACAGAGACAAAGCCUGUAGACAUCAUACAACAGCAAGAAUUGCCUGUUCAAAACAAAUCAUUUGCUGAAACAGAAGCUCUGUCUCACAUAGAGCCUGCAGAUACUAUACGGCAUCAAGAAGAAGAGGCAUUACCUGUUCAAAAUAAAUCGUUUGCAGAAACAGAAGCUAUAGAAGCAUCUCAUGAGGCGUCUACUAUGCCUCAUGAAACCUCACACAAGAAUGCUCGACCCGACUCUCCUAAACCUGAACUACCUUCUAAAGACACAACCAAGAAAGCUACUAUAGGAGCCACUAUGGCUAGUGUUGGAGCAGCAGCAGUGGUUGCAGCCAAAUCAAAAUCUUCUAAAAAACAAGAAGACACAUCCCACUCUAAACCUCUUCCUACGCCUAAUGAAUCAUCUACACCGCCACCCCCUGUUUCCAAAGACACCAUUACAACCAGAAAAUACGUUAUGAGUGAUAAUGUCAAGCAUUGUGUUGAUUCAGCUAUUAAAGCGCCCUCAGUCAAUGUUGAUCGUAUCAUGCAUGCAUCAAAAGACAUUCAGCGCCCAGAACCUGCUAUUGGCUCAUCGAAUGAAUCAGCCAUGCCUUCUUUUACAAAGACAUCCGAUGUCUCAAAGAAAGCUAAAUCACCAGAACAACGUCGCAGCAAUAAGCCCUCUUUCUGGAAAAAGAAGAGUUGCAUCAUCCUUUAAAUAAACAUUGAAAUUCCAAGGUCAUUUUGCUUUUAUGUAACUUCAAAUCAACUGAUGAACUCAUUUGACAACAAUCAUAUGAGGUUUACGCUUGAGCCAUUUUUUUUAUGGACAUAUAUAAAUAGGGUGUAUUCAUUCUUUUUUCUUCUUCUUCAUGACAAAAGAAACAUUGAUGUAUCAUGCUUGCUAUUGUUACUAUCCUAUAUUUUAUCAACACAUUGUUUAUGCACCAAUGCAACCCAAUUAUGUAGGUUACAAGGAAACCCCCAAUUGUAAGCCAAGAGAAACAGAAAAGAAGAAGAAAAAGAAAAAAGUGUAUGUUGUUCAUCCUACUUUUAUGAAUCCUCGCGUACCAAGAAAGAAUAUAGAAAUGAAAAAGUAAAUCUUAUUUACUAAAGAAUUUAAUAAACUAUUUUUAGACCCUUUAUGUUUCUUUUUGUCACAUGAUCAUUUAAGCAUUCAAAAGUAC